AUUGAAAAAAAAAGGAAUAAAAACCAAUAAAGAAAAAUAAAAAAAUUGUCAAAUCAUUUUACUGCAGAUUACCAUAUACAUAUAAGUGAAUAAUAUACCUCUGACAGCCGCGACAUACAAGCAAAAGUGGAAAGGGUUGAGCAAAAACACAAACAUGAAUAGCUUAUUUAAUAAAACUAUAAGAUUUAAGAGCUUGCGACGGGCAAUAGCUCCAUUAACUAUUGUGAAAAAUUGUGAUAUUAUCGAAAUUAGGCAAUUCUCGAAACAGGGAUCAAAUCUCGCAAAAUUAGCUGAAGUUGGACGCUUGGAAUCUGCGAAGUUAGAUGGCAAAUACGAGACCGGCCAAUUAUUUCUUCACCGCAUUUUCGGUUACCGCGGUGUUGUGCUUUUUCCAUGGUCUGCACGAGUUUAUGAUAGAGAUCUACAUAAUCCGAGCAAACAGAAGCAAAGAAUAAACGCUGAUACGGCUUCAGCUGCAGCCCUCGGUAAUGAAAAAGGAAAAAGUACAACCAGUACCCAUACAUCUACUACAGUAGCCGGAAACACGACUCAAGAAGAGCGAAGCACAGAUGUGCAGUCAACUAGUACAGAGGCAGUCGGAACUAACGCUGAAACAUCUGCGAAAGAAGUGAAGGGCAAAGUUCAUACGUUCUAUCAAGUUUUGAUCGAUUCCCGCGAUUGUCCUUAUAUUCGCGCUCAAACUGAAGCGGUCACAUUUUUAGGGAAUCAGGAUUCUAACCGAAGUCUUUAUGCUAUACCAGGACUCGAUUAUGUUGCACACGAUGACAUAAUGCCAUAUUCAUCUGGAGAGAAGCAUCCCCUUCAACACGAACUCUUCGACAAGUUUCUGACACAUAUUCCAGGCAAAGAUCCGCCUUUUGAAGGACAAGAUACAUUAAAGGCCUGGCAGGAGAAAAACCAUCCAUGGCUGGAACUGAGCGAUGUGCACAAAGAGACAACAGAAAACAUACGGGUAACUGUGAUACCAUUCUACAUGGGAUGUCGGGAAACUCCUGCUUCCUCUGUUUAUUGGUGGCGCUACUGCAUUCGUUUGGAAAAUUUGGGUGUGCUUAGCGUGCAGUUACGGGAAAGACAUUGGCGUAUUUUCUCUCUUUCAGGCACACUAGAAACUGUACGGGGGCGCGGGGUUGUAGGACAGGAACCAAUACUUAGUCCAAGACUACCAGCGUUCCAAUAUAGCAGUCAUGUUAGCUUGCAGGCACCAAGCGGUCAUAUGUGGGGUACUUUUCGUUUAGAGCGCGAAGACGGCCACACUUUUGAUUGUAAGAUACCUCCAUUUUCUCUGGAGAGUAAACCAGAAGAACCAAAUACUGGAUUAUCAUCCAACACCGGAAAUAAUAGUGGCGGCAAUGUUGGGGGUAAGCCGGAUAAUAUGGAAUAAUAUAUUAAAUUUAUGGUACUGUUGUGCUAAGCAUCUGACACACAUCUUAAUGGAUACAAAACAACAAUCGCUCUAUUUUGGUAACGGAAGUUGAUUUCAAUAUUCAAUAAGUAGUUAUGUUAUGUCUAUUUGUAUGUGAAAAAAUGUCUAUAUAUGCAUAAAGCUAUUUCAACAACUUAAAUAAUAAAUUAAA